AAGAAAACGGCAACUUCCAUCUCUUGCAGCAACAUUAAAAUGAGAGAGCAAAAAAGAGCAAAAACAAGAGAAGGUGAUGAAGAAACAUGGGUUUUUGAUUCUUCUUUAGAUCAUAAAGGACGACUUCCUCUCCGGUCUCGCACCGGCGUUUGGAAAGCAUCUUUGUUUAUCAUCGCGAUUGAGUUCAGUGAGAGGUUGAGUUACUUUGGAAUAGCAACAAGUUUAAUAAUUUACUUGACAAAAGUGAUUCAUCAAGAUGUUAAGACUGCUGCAAAAAAUGUCAACUAUUGGAGUGGUGUCACUGCCUCUAUGCCUCUUCUUGGAGGCUUUCUUGCCGAUGCUUACUUGGGUCGAUUCACUACUGUUCUACUUUCCUCUAUUAUCUAUCUUCUGGGUUUGAUUCUCUUAACAAUGUCCCAAUUUGUUCCAACUCUAAAGGCUUGUAAUGAAACUGAGUGUGACAAAGCCAGCAAGAUUCAUGAAGUGGUCUUCUUCCUUGCCAUGUAUUUAAUCUCCGCCGGAACCGGAGGACAUAAACCGUCCCUUGAGAGUUUCGGAGCCGAUCAAUUUGACGAUAAUCACAUCGAAGAACGAAAGAAAAAGAUGUCAUUUUUUAACUGGUGGAAUCUUGGACUUUGCUGUGGACUUCUCCUUGGUGUGACAGUUAUUGUUUACAUUCAAGAUCAUGUCAAUUGGGGAGUUGCACAUUCUAUUCUUACACUUGUAAUGGCCAUUUCAUUUGCUAUCUUCCUUAUCGGACGACCAUUUUAUCGAUAUCGAGCUACGUCGGGAAGCCCCUUUACGCCAAUGUUGCAGGUUCUUAUUGCUGCUAUAAGAAAACGGAAUCUGCAUUGUCCUUCCAAUUCUGAUCAAUUACAUGAACUAGAAAAUUCUUCUAUGCAAGGAGGGCGGUUUCUAUACCAUACCAAGAAGCUUAUGUUUCUAGACAAAGCGGCUAUUAUUGAAGAUACAGAGAAUUCUUCUGAGAAGACAACCCCAUGGAGACUUGCAACAGUGACUCAGGUUGAAGAACUAAAGCUUCUUCUUAAUAUGAUUCCAAUAUGGCUAUCAACUCUAUCAUUCGGAAUUAGUAUCGCACAAACAUCAACAUUCUUCAUCAAGCAAGCCACGAUGUUAAACCGGAAUAUUGGUAACGAUUUUCUGAUUCCUUCUGCCUCCGUAAACGCACUAGGCGCCAUCGGAACGAUGAUCUCCGUAGCCACGUACGAGAAGCUCCUAGUACCGAUGUUAAGAAAGGCGAGAGGAAACGAACGAGGCAUUACGAUACUUCAAAGAAUCGGCAUUGGCAUAGGCUUUUGCAUUCUUUCGAUGAUCACUGCAGCUUUAGUCGAGAACAAGAGACUAAACUCCGUUAAUAAUGAACCGGUAAAUGGCUCGUUUUCGAUGAGCGUGUUCUGGUUAGCUCCACAGUUUCUAAUAGUUGGUAUCGGAGACGGGUUCGCGUUGGUGGGAUUACAAGAGUUCUUUUAUGAUCAAGUUCCUGAUUCAAUGAGGAGUUUAGGUAUUGCAUUUUACCUUAGUGUGAUCGGAGCAGGAAAUUUCCUUAGUAGCAUUCUGAUAACGGUUGUUGACGGUGUUAGUGAGAAAUACGGGACGAGUUGGUUCGGUAAGGAUUUAAAUAGUAGUCGUUUAGACUUAUUUUACGGGCUUUUGGCGGUUAUGACCGGUGUGAGUUUGAUUGUGUAUGUGUUCUUUGCUCGGCGAUAUCCGUGUAAAAAUAUGCAGGGAAGGGGAGUUGUUGAUUGCUCUGAAGAAAAUGCUGGAGGUAAUUUAGUUGCUUGAAAUAUAAAUUAAAUCUGAUUAUGAUUAAUAGUCAUGUAACAUGAAUAUUAAUUUUUUUUAUGAAUAUGAAUUGUAUUAAAAAACAGAAUAUGUGCGAAAUAUAAAUAAAAACUCCACUAUUCCAAGA